UGUGCGUGAACGGAGUUUUGCACUCAGGAGUGAUAAAAACCGACCUCUGGUCUGCCGAGUUUUGCGCGACCAGUGAGGGUCUAGUUAAUUUUCAACACUGCAUACCCCGGGGCUUAGAACUAACGAACUGUCUGUGAAAUUGGGCAGCGUUUGCGACGAGAAGCUCCUUUCUAAGCACCCCCCACCCAUUGCGUUGCGUGCACAGUUGCAGACGAUUUUUUUCGACCUUACACAACCAGAGGAUAAUAUUAGUUGUCCAGUUGCGGCUCAUAUGUCACCCUAGGACGCUCUGAUGGAUCUUGUUAAGUCUAUACGCUAUCCUGAAGAAGUGUAUGCACUCUUGAAGUACAAAUUCGGAGGUUGUCAGGCUGUUAUUUCCAAAAAUGACUUGAAAAACGAGUCACCGCAGCUAAGAAAAUGCUAUGAGUACUUGAACAAAACAAGUAGAAGUUUUGCUGCAGUCAUUCAAGCCUUGGAUAGGGAGCUCAGACAUGCAGUGUGUAUAUUCUAUCUUGUGUUGAGAGCUCUAGACACAGUGGAGGAUGAUAUGACAAUACCCCUGGAGGUCAAGGUGCCGUUACUGAGGUCAUUCUAUACCAAGCUACAGGAGCCAGACUGGUGUUUCAUGGACAGCAAGGAGAAGGACAAGAUAGUUUUAGAGGACUUUUCAACUAUCUCUCAUGAAUUCCGUAAGCUUGCCCCCCUGUACCAGGAGGUGAUCUCAGAUAUCUGUUGCAAGAUGGGAGAUGGUAUGACAGUAUUUCUGGAAGGCCAUGUUGAUUCUAAAAAACAGUGGGAUGAGUACUGCCACUACGUAGCAGGGCUAGUGGGUAUAGGCCUUUCCAGACUCUUUUCUGCAUCAGGGUUAGAGGACAGUAUCGUAGGACAGGAUACCAGACUGGCUAAUUCUAUGGGACUCUUCCUUCAGAAGACAAACAUAAUACGAGACUAUCUUGAAGAUAUAGAACAAGGAAGGGAGUUCUGGCCUAAGGAGGUUUGGAGCAAGUAUGCCAAUAAACUUUCCGACUUUGCUGACCCGGCAAACCGACGUGCUGCGUUGUCAUGUCUGAAUGACUUGGUGACCAAUGCUCUUCAUCAUGUACCAGAUGUUCUGCUGUAUAUGUCCAGGAUAAAAAAUCAAAGUGUUUUCAACUUUUGUGCAAUUCCUCAAGUCAUGGCUAUAGGAACAUUAGAGAGAUGUUACAAUAACCCAGGUGUGUUCACAGGGGUGGUAAAGAUACGUAAAGGCGAGGCAGUCAGAAUGAUGAUGUAUGCCACCAGUUUGGAGGGGGUCAAGGCCAUCAUGUACCAUUUUACUGCUCAGAUACUUCAUUCCAUUCCAAGUACAGACCCUAGUCAGAAUAUCACCAGACGGUGCUGCCACCAAGUGUUAGAACGGAGCUGCACAGACAAAGACUAUACUUCUAGUGGGCAGUUCUUCCCUCUGUACGUUUCCUGUAGCAUGAUGCUAGCAGCCAUAAUGUGGCAGUAUUGGACCUCUGUGGAGAACAUUUAUCACGGAUAUUUUGGGAUGGAAAGUUGAUUUUUAUAUACAUCAUGCCAUCUUAUAUACAUGCACUCAAGUGUUGUAGUGUGGUUACAUGG